UCGUACCCAAAGAUCGACACCCAAAAGAUCAACGCCCAUAAAUCUCACCCUUGGGAUCAACACUCAUAAGACCACCACCCACAUGACCAAAUCCCAUAAGAUCAACACCCGGAAGACUAACAACCAUAAGAUCACCACCCUUAAGAUCAACAACCACAAGAUCAGCACCCAUAAGGCCCCAGUUUGAUCUUAUGUGCUCUUUUGGGUUACCCUCAAAAUCAUUUUUAGAACCCUGUUCCCAGCCUUGUCAACAAGAAAAUAACAAUUUCGACCAAAACCAACAACAACAACAAUUUAUGAUGGGAAAUAAUGGAUAUAAUGAAGGGGGUCAGCAAAGAAAGCGUAGGAGAGCUCGACGUAAAGUUAACAUUUUAACAAUGAGAAAAAGUUCAAAUAAUACACCUCAGACAGACCGAGAAUUGACUUUAUUUAAUUAUAUAAAUUUUUAA